AUGGCAGGCGGGGAAGGUUCGCUGAGCCGGGGCACCGCCAAGAGCGCGGCGGCGGCGACGGGACCACAGGGCCCGUUGAAGAGGUACCCCACCAAGAGGAAGGCGAAGAAAGAAGCGCCGGCCACCGGACCUCACGGUUCGUCGAAGGGGUCCUCCACCAAGAGGAAGGCGGCGAAGGAUCCGGCGUCUUGUCGGAUGCCACUUCCGCGCGCCACCCGAAGGAAGGCCAAAGAUGUGGAGGAGGCAGCGGCGGCUAUGUUGGCGCCAGGAGAACAGAAGUUCCGGCAGCUGUCAAAGGCGGACAUCAGCUGGAUCCUGGCUUUGAAGCCGAUGAAGCCCCCAGCCCGCCUAGCUGUCCUGAAGCGCAGCAAUCCGGAUCUGACGCCGCAGCCGCGUGAGGAGGCGGACGAGGACAAGAGGAGGCUCUACCGCCUGGCCAAGGCGUUCUUCGAGAUGGAAGAGGGGCUCCCCAGGACGCAGGAGUGGGUGCGCAGCGAGCUGGAGAAGAAGGGCUACGUCGAACUCGACGUGGCGAGCGCCAAGCGCAGGGCCGAGGUGCAGGCAGUGAUCGACCGAGAAUGGCCAGCAAUCGAAGAAAAAAUGAAAUCCCUCAUCCUCUCUGAAAAGGAGUACCAAGGUGGUGACGAGAGCGAUUCAGAUGAGGGUGAAGGCUCCGAUGAGAGUGAAGACGAAGACGAAGAAGAGGAUGAACUGUACUACUAG